AACUUGAAUGUAGAAAACUUGCUCGAAGACUUAAGUAAAUGCCCAUGGGAUAAUGCCUUUAUCUUUGACGACGUUGAUGACGUUCUUGAAACACUUGAAAUAUUUUUUAAUCAAAUAGUGAUAGAUCAUAUCCCAUUGAAGCAGAAAAGGGUUAAACGUUUUAAACAGCCGGCUUGGAUAAAUGAUGAGAUAGUAGUUGCGAUCGGAAAACGUGAUAAAGAUCUUAAAAGGGCGCGGAAAUCAAAUGCUAUUGAUGAUUGGGCAAAUUAUAAACGCUCCAAAUGUCAUGUUGUAAAUCUGAUUAAAAAGUCAAAACGUGAUUACUUUCAAGAAACAAUCGAAAACAAUAAAGGAAACCCCAAAGGAAUCUGGAAUGCUUUGAAGAUUUUGACUAAGGCACAAAAAUCAAGUAAGAUCAUUGAGCUAAAGAGGGAUAGCGGUUCGUCCGAAACAAACGCAUUGGAAAUGGCAAACAUGUUAAACGACUUUUUUGUAAGUAUUAUUACACAAAUACAGAACGAUCAAGUCUUAACAAAUCCUUUGGAUACGAAAAUUAUUGAUGACUUUGUCUCAACGAAAAUCAACAAUUUUGUCACACAAUACAACAUUCCAUCUAUAACUGUUGAGCAAGUAAAUGAACUUAUUAACAAUUUAUCAUGCUCGAAAGCUACUGGCGUAGAUG